CAGGAGUCCAGACUCCGGUAUAAAAAGAGAGGAAAACAGAUGCGGAGACGCAGAGAGAGAGAGAUGGAAGAUUCACCACAACCACAACCACAACCACAACCACCAUCAAGAGACUCAAACUUAUUGAUUCCAGACUUACCUAAUGACAUAUCACUCCAUUGUAUAGCUAGGGUACCACACAUCCAUCACUCAAAUCUAUCACUGGUUUCAAAAUCAUGGAAUUCACUUCUCCGAUCCCAUCUUUUCUUCAAUACUCGUUUCAAUCUCAAUUAUACGCAAACCCUUUUAUUCUUCAUCAUCCGUAUUCACAAUUCAUCUCUCAAAUGGUAUUUUUUUGACCCCAAAAACCCUAAACUCCUUUUCUCUGUUCCUCCAAAUCCAGUUCAAUCAAUUGGUUCAGCUUUUGUUGUAUUAGGCCACGAUAUCUAUGUAAUUGGUGGUUCUGUUCAUGAUAUCCCAUCACCCAAUGUUUGGGUUUUUGAUUCUCGAUUUAAAAAAUGGGAACUCGGUCCAGCAAUGAGUGUUGGAAGAAAAUUCGCUGCUGCAGGGGUUGUGAAUGGGAAAAUUUAUGUUACAGGUGGUUGUUUGAUUGAUUCAUUGUCUGAAUCGACUCAGUGGGCUGAGGUUUUUGAUCCGGCAGUGGGGAAAUGGGAAGCGGUGGUUCCGAAUCCGAGUCCAAGUCAGGUUAAUGUGAUGGAGAAAGACAUACACAGGUGUGCUGUGAUAGGGGACAAAUUGUAUGCAAUGACACAUAGACUUGCAGUUGUAUAUGAUACAAAGGAGUUGUCUUGGAGUGAUGUGAAAUCGAAGAUUAAUUUAGGGUGGAGAGGCAGAGAUACUGCUGUUGUUGAUGGGACUUUGUUUUCUUAUGAUUAUUUAAUCGGUGAAAUAAGAGGAUUUGAUGAGAAUGUGGGGUGUUGGAGAAAAUUGAAGGGUUUGGAUAGUGGGUUGGAUAAGUUUUUGUGUGGAGCUACAAUGGCUAAUGUUGGUGGGAAUUUGUGUGUUCUGUGGCAAAGGAGUACGUGGAAUGAAAAUGAGACAGAGAUUUGGUGUGCUGAAAUCUCGACUCGGAAAGGUAGUUGUGGGGGUGAGUUAUGGGGUUCUGUGGUUUGGUCAAAAAGAAUUCUUGUGGUUCCGGAUAGAUCUUCGGUUGUACGUUGCUUGGCUGUUGGAUUGUGACAUCAACAGAAAACCCAAACUGUACUUUUGCAGAUUAAAGAAGCAUGUUAAUUCUUGCCUUCUCGGUUUAAGGGUGUGGUAUUUCACACAGGAAAGCGGCAUUUGAAGAAUUGUGGUUUAAUGUGCAAAACCUUGAACAAUUCGCAGCAGUUAAUUUUAGAAACAUAGGUGUAGAGUCUGUCUUUUGCAUCAGCAUCAGAAGUGGGAGGAAGUAUGUUCUCCUAGGGAUGAAGGAGGUUUGGGCAUCAGAAGCUUAGAAAUUAUUAAUAAGGCCUUGUUAAUGAAGUUGUUAUGGAAGAUUGAAACUGAAGAUGAAGAAUGGACAAGGUUCAUGAGGGCCAGGUAGAAGACUAAAUAUGAUUGGUUAUUAUAGGCAAUCUUCCAUUUUGCGUGGAAUCAAACUGGUAAUGGGCAGGUGGAUGAAGGAAGUAGGUGGCUAGUUGGAGAUGUGAAAAGUAUAUCUGUAUGGAGGGAUAAAUGGUAAUGGACUAUGCUUUGAUUGAAAGAUACUUUGAUUGGAGAGUGGAGCAGUUGAUUAUGGAUGGUGAAUGGAAGAUACCUAUUGAGAUGUACAAAUGUUUUGCAAAGGAUGAUUUGCCUGUAUUCGGUAAUGGAGCUGACAAGAAAGUUUGGUCUGGUGAUAUAAUUGGCAAGUUUUAUGUGGCCAGUGCGGUGCAGAUGAUUAUAGAUAAAAUCAUGUUCUUCGUUGGGCUAAACAAGUAUGGAAUCCUUGCAUACAUUCAUAUGAGCUUGUCCUACUGAAGAAAAUAUCAGGAAAAGAGGAUUUCAUACUACAUCAAAAUGUUAUCUGUGUGGCAAUGGACAAGACAAUAUGGAGCACUGGUUAAGAUGGAUUUUUCAGUUUCUAUCUCCUGCGAGCUUUGAAGAGGUCCUCAGUUUGGUAAAGCAUAAGAGCGCUGUUGUGAAAGAGGUAUGGUAUACUUGUGCUUUUUCUGCGAUGGUAGAAAUAUGGAUUUCCAGGAAUAGGAGGAUGUAUGAGGAGGCAAUUCCUAGUAUUGAAAAUGUGAAGCAGAAGAUUUUGAGAUUCAUAAAGGAAUGCAGUGUGAGGUGUCAGGACACUUAUGGCUUUUGAAAAUAGGGGAACAAAAGUUCAGAACAGUGGUAAAAGAAUGUUUUUUCAGAUUACCAUCCUUACCUCAGAAUCUUCUUAUCUAUUGUGAUGGUGCAUCAAGGGGUAAUCCUGGGCAAGCUGGGUGUGGUUUCCAUAGCCAAAAGUAGCAUGGGUGGGGGUGUAGGUGCUAUGGCUGGUGGUUUGGGGAUAACAAAAAUUACUUAGCUAAGGUGAUGGUGCUUGUUGGUGCAGGGGAAUGGGCAAUGAGCCAGCAGGUGGUUCAGGCAUGUUUAGUUUGGAUUCAAAAGCAGUUUUAGUUUCCUUUAUGACUGGCAGAAUACCUUCCAUGGUGGUAAGUGGGUUGCAGAGAAUUAAGAAUGCAAUAAACCAGAUCUUUUGGGUGGGAUGGAAUGUGAAAAUUCCUCUUACUUCUUUGCACUUGAUUGUGUGAUGUAACUAUUUGUAUAGGGCAAAUAUUUGUUCCCAAUGUCUGAUUUUACAGGGCAAAGGCCAGGAAACUAGUUCAAGAUGAUGUAUAUAGUGCAGGGCAGUGAAGAUAACAAAUGAACUGUUUGCUUACCCAAUGUAACAACCCUUUUUCUUUUGUAGUCUUUUUGCAAUC